AUGGACAAAAUACCUUUUCUAUCAAGAUCAAAUAAUCACAACCCAUAUGCUCAAGGAUCUCAGACAAGCCUUUCUCAACAGGCUCCAGUUUAUCCCCAAAGAAACACGGUUCCUGGUGUAGGGUUUUUUAUAACAAAUGCCCCUGAUGAGACUUUUGUUAUGGACAACGUUGCUGCUGUUUCACCAGGUUUAUUUAAAGAUGGACAAACCGUUAUUAUUGACAGAAAAUGUGUCUUGACAGUGAGGAAUACCUCUAAAAUACCACCAAACCACAUAGGUAUAGGUGGUGUUGUUCGUGAAUGGGGAAAGUUCAGCUACCAACAACAAGUUUCUGUUGAACCAUUUGAUAUAUUUUCUUCAGGAAACGGCCGUGUUUAUUUAGGAACUUUGGAUCUUGAAAUUGACUUCUUAACUAAAAGUAAAGCAACUGAUAAACCGUAUGAACAAACUGAACUUUCCAAGAGAUACCUCACUCUCUUUAAGAAUCAAAUUUUUGCUGCUGGACAACGUUUACUUUUAGAAUUAAGUGGAAUUAAGUUUUUAAUCACGGUUUUAGCGACUGGUGUUAUUGAUUUGGGUAAACCUGACGGCCAACAUGGGACAAAAAAUGGUAGGGGUAUUUUGACUGAUCAAACUCAAAUUACUUUUUUCAAAGCAAAAAAUGGAUUGAUAAACAUUAAACAAUCCGGUGAUAGACCUCGUGCCAACGCUAUUCUUCAACCCAGUUUUAAGUUUGAAGAUAUGGGCAUUGGUGGAUUGGAUGAAGAGUUCAGUACCAUUUUUAGACGUGCUUUUGCGUCACGUAUAUACCCACCAAGCGAUAUUGAGAAGCUUGGAAUCAAACAUGUGAAAGGCAUGCUUUUAUAUGGCCCACCAGGAACAGGAAAAACAUUGAUUGCAAGACAAAUUGGUAAAAUGCUUAAUGCUAGAGAGCCAAAAAUUGUGAAUGGUCCUGAGAUGUUAAAUAAAUAUGUUGGCGGUUCGGAAGAAAAUAUACGCAAACUAUUCAAAGAUGCAGAGACUGAAUACAAGGAAAAGGGGGAUGAAUCAUCAUUACACAUUAUUAUUUUUGAUGAGUUGGAUGCUGUUUUUAAGCAGCGUGGAAGCCGUGGCGAUGGAACAGGCGUUGGAGAUAACGUGGUCAACCAACUACUCGCUAAGAUGGAUGGUGUUGAUCAGCUCAACAAUAUCUUGGUAAUUGGCAUGACCAACCGCAAGGAUUUGAUUGAUUCUGCAUUAUUAAGACCCGGACGUUUUGAGGUUCAACUUGAAAUUUCGUUACCUGAUGAAGCAGGAAGACGCCAAAUUUUUCGUAUCCACACUGCAAAAAUGUCUAAAGAGGGCAUGCUGGAUAAGAACGUUAGUCUGGAUGAGCUCGCAGCCAAAACAAAAAACUUUUCAGGUGCUGAAAUCGAAGGUUUGGUUAAAAGUGCUGCGUCUUUUGCUUUAAAUCGUAACAUUAAAUUUGAUCCUAAGACAGGAGUUACAUUUAAUAGUAAAAAUGGUGUUAAAGUUACUCGAGAAGAUUUCAUGCAUGCACUCGAAGAAACCAAGCCUGCUUUUGGCGUUAAUGAAGAUGAGCUUGAAAAGUUUCUUCGAGGCGGAAUUAUAAAAUAUUCUUCUCGUGUCAACAACAUUUUAGAGGAAGGUGAAUCAAUUAUUAGGGCCAGUCAAAGUGAGCAAUUUCCCCUUACAUCGGUUCUUAUCUAUGGCCCUCCUAAAUCUGGAAAAUCAGCUCUUGCAGCUUCAAUUGCUUUAUCUUCUGGAUUUCCUUUUAUUCGUAUGAUUUCUACACGAGCCAUGAUUGGUAUGACUGAACAAAACAGAAUUCAAUAUAUUAGUAACAUGUUUAAUGAUAGUUACAGAUCCACUCAAAAUGUUCUGGUUAUUGAUCAAAUUGAAGACAUCAUUGAAUGGGUUAACGUUGGUCCUAGAUUUUCGAAUGCUGUACUACAUUGUUUGAAAACCUAUUUAAGUAAUCUCCCACCAGAUGGCCGCCGAUUGGUGGUUUUGGUUACGACCCGACACAGAAAUGUUCUUGAACAGCUCGACAUAAUUAGUAGCUUUAACAAGGAGGUCUAUGUCCCUAAUGUUUCCUCCAUAGGAGAGCUGACUAAUAUCCUUGAACAGCUUAACUUUCUUGAUCCUGAUUCCAGACAAAGUGCACUUAAACAAAUUCAAAGUCAAACAAAUUCCAAUGUUUUAGGAAUGGGAAUUAAAGAUAUUUUGUUUAAUAUUGAAUCAAGUCGCUUAAGUCAUAAGUCAGAACUUGAUGAAUUUGUUAAACUUACUGUCAAUGAUAUCUGUAACCAACCAGGUAGAUCUACAACUGGGGGAUUUGAAUUUUAA